GUACGUCUGGAAUUCGUUUUUGAAAGUGCGAAAUCACUUAAACUUGUGUUGUCUUCCAGACAAUAUGUUUGAAAGUUUUGGUUAUUAUUUUGGUGAAUCGUUGACUUCGAAUCAUGUUAUUUCCGGUUUAAUCGGGGUUUUCACCAUUGUUAUGUGCGUGUAUUAUUACUGGUGGAAGUUUCCCCACCCACGGUACCCACCUGGGGUUAGAGGGGUUCCAAUUUUUGGUGCUAUCCCAUUUUUUGGAAGGUACGUUCAAGAAACUUUGGCAAAGUGGUCACGUAGCAAGUAUGGUCCAGUCAUGUCUGCACGAUUUGGACAAGAUGACGCUGUUGUGUUGAACGAUUUUGAAUCAAUACACGAGGCUUUGGUGAAAAACAUUCAACAUUUCAAUUCACGACCAAGUUUUUACAUCGUAGAGCAAUUUACGCAUGGUUAUGGUUUUGGGUUUGCUGACGGCCACAACAAAUACCUGGAUGUUAGAAACUUUAGUUUGUCCGCUUUACGAGGACUUGGAAUUGGACGGCGAACGAUGGAGACUCGAGUAUCGGAGGUGGCUCAGGAUCUCGUUAAAAUUUUAGAAGAUUUGGAUCAAAAACCGACCGAUCUAAAGAUGAUGCUGGGGGGAACCGUAGCAAACGUUCUCUGCAGCGUAGUUUUUGGAAAGACUUACGAUCUAAGUGACCCUGAGUAUCAAUAUGCAGUACAAUGCAGUUUCGACUGCUUUGGAGACCCAGAGAAUUCAGAAUAUUUAAACUUCAUGUUCUUCUACCCGAAGCUCAGAUACAUACAACCUUUUAAAAGAGCCCUGAAGAAGUUUAUUGAUGUUCAUCUUGGAUUGAUAGCAUUCAACCAAAAAGAAAUUAAUCUUCACAAGGAAAGAUUGGAUGUGAACGAACCUGGAGAUUACAUCGAUGCUUUCCUUAUUGAGAUGAAGAAACACUCUCCUGAAAAUUCAUGGUUCCAUGAGACACAGCUUCUACAUUGUUUAGGUGACAUGUUUAUUGCUGGAACAGAAACCACUACAAACACAAUACUCUGGGCUUUAUUGGCGUUAAUACACCAUCCAGAGAUACAAGAAAAGUUAUAUCAAGAACUACUUGAUAACAUUGGUGAACAAGUUCUUCCAAGUACCGAUCACAGAGACAAAAUCCCGCUCUUCCGUGCAUUUACUCAAGAGGUUUAUAGAUUCAAAACAAUUGUACCCCUUGCCCUCCAACAUCGAGCUAAUAAAGACGUAGAGAUUGGUGGAUACGUCAUACCUAAAGGAACAAAGGUGUUUCCCAACCUCCAUGCGGUUCACCACGAUCCAAAUAUCUGGAAAAAUCCGAGCGAGUUCAACAUUUAUCGUCACAUCAGCAAAGACGGGAAAUUUAUUCCUUCGAAGAGAGUGGUUGCGUUCGGUAUGGGAGCUCGGUCGUGCCUUGGGGAAAAGUUGGCGAUCACAGAAGUCUUCCUCUUCCUUGCUAACAUUAUCAAAAGAUUCGAAAUCCUCCCUGAUCCCGAGAGCAAAGAGCUUCCUAUUCUCAAAGAUGGAGUCAACAGUCUUCUAUAUGUUCCAUACCGGUUUAAAGUUGUUGUAAAGCCGAGGAUCAUCAACGAAUAACGGAUUGACGUUAUCGAACUCAUCUGUAAUCUUGUAAAUGCUUUUCUUCGUGUAACUGUAAAAACAUAUUACUCUGGUCGGCGACAUGCUAUAAUCCUAUAACCAUGAUUCUUGUAAAUACAACGAAACCCAAUAAUGUA